CAGCGGCGGGAGGAGGAGGAGGAUGAUGUCAGCCUGCGAAUGUCAACAAUGUAGCGAUUGAGGCGAGUAGGCGGCGUUCCUUUGGGAAGAGCGCGAGCCACGGGGAGAGUCCGCGCAGCCGACAGAACAGGGGCUGCAGGAGCAGCGACGAGCCGCCGCCUUGCGCAGAGACGGUCCCCGAAGCGCUCCCGCGACAGAGCAAUUUCUGUCUGGCUCCCCUUCCCACCCACCCCCAACACUCUCUCUCCCCUCACCCUUCUUGCUGCAGCCUCCGCCUCCUCCUCCUCCUUUCUCCUCUAGUUUCCCUCUUCCACCUCCCCGCCCCCUCCCUUUUAUAUGCAUAUGUGUUACUUUCCCCCCUCCCUUUCCCCCCUUUUUUCUCUGCAAGACUUUGCCUCGGGAAGCAGCAGCAGCAGCUGGGUUUGUUUUUGGUCGCCGCCGCCGCCGCUCCUGCUGAUUUGUUGCAAAGCAAUCGGCUUGUGACUCUUUCGAUGCACGUUUUUCGCCAGAACCGCCUCAGCAAACCGGAGCCCUCAAAAAGAAGAUUGGGGUCGGCUCUCUUCGCCCCUUUCGAAAAACACUGGCGGGAAACGCGCGGAGGCAGCGAAAGUUACGGUGCUAGAGAUUGCUGAACAGCCAGAAGAUCGUCCUGUGAAUUUUUCAGGGUUCAUAUCUUCAUGGAUUUCUGUAAUCAAUUAAUUUCUCCGUAUAUCCACUUCCCUGUUUCUUGAGAGUAUUAGCCAGCACAGAUUCUGGGAAAAUUACAUGGUGUGAACGGAAUGUCUGUGGAUGAGAAGACUGAAUCCCCCAUGUAUGUGUAUGAGUCAACAGUCCAUUGUACCAAUAUCCUCCUAUGCCUCAAUGACCAACGGAAGCAGGAUAUUCUCUGUGACGUGACUUUGAUUGUGGAGGGCAAAGAAUUCCGAGCCCACCGAGCUGUGCUGGCUGCAUGCAGCGAAUACUUCUUGCAGGUGUUAGUCGGGCAGACAGAAAAUGACCUGGUUGUCAGUCUGCCAGAAGAGGUCACUGCCAAGGGAUUUGGUCCGUUGUUGCAGUUUGCCUACACUGCUAAGCUAUUACUCAGCAGAGAGAACAUACAAGAGGUCAUCCACUGUGCCGAAUUUCUACGUAUGCACAACCUGGAGGAUUCCUGCUUCAGCUUCCUCCAGACCCAACUGCUGAACAAUGAAGAUGGCCUGUUCCUGUGCAAAAAGGAUCUCACCUAUCAGCGGAUGCAUGAAGAUGAGAACUCGGAGGGAGAAGAGGAAGAAACUAUGGAGUCAGAGACUUCAAAGAUAUCUUGCUCAAGAGAGAGAAUUCACUCGGAGCCCUUUGACUUUGAACCCGCCACGUCUGGAGCCAGUAAGGAGGAAGGGAUGCUGCCAGACCCUGAAAUACUGGAUGAUGGCAAGGAUAGUUUGGAUAAAGAAGUAGUAACACGGUACCCCAGGUAUAAGAAAUACCAGCUAGCUUGUACCAAGAAUGUCUACAACGCAUCACACGUUAGUACCUCAGGUUUCACAAGCACAUUCAACGAAAAAGGUUCAGGUGAUGACCUCAAACCAGAACUUGGUGUCGGGCAAAUUAAAAGUGAGCCUAGGAAUGAGGAAAACAAUGAAGAAAACAUCACACUUUGCCUCUCUGGAGAUGAGACUGGUGUCAGGGAUAAAGAAGAGGAUAUUGAAAUGGACCGAAAGCAGCCAAGUCCCAAUGGAUCUGGAAGGUCUAAAAAUAGUUCCUCUCCUUCCUGCCUAAGAUCUUUCUUCAACCGAACAAAAACUGUAGACGUAGAUGGCUUCCCAAGUACUUCCCAACAGCACUUUGCCAGAAAUCCAGCAUGCCCUUUUGACAAGGGGACAACUCAGGGUGACCAUAAAGCUGAUUAUGUCCCUUUUGUGGGCAGUUAUGGGCUCUCCCAAGGUGUUCAGAAGGAUGCUUCCAGUUUUACAGUGGGAUCACCUCUAAGAGGUCCUGGCUUUGUUGAAGGUCUUUGUAAGCAGGAAGGUGAAGUGGACAGGAGGACUGUUAUAUUCUCUUCAAAUGUUUGUGACCAAGUAAACACUUCGGUGCAUUCAUAUUCUGGCAUGAGCAGCUUGGAUAAAGAUCUCACCGAGACUGUGCCAAAAGGUCUGUGGGCAGGAAGCAGCCAAUCUCUUCCCAGUUGCCAGACCUAUGCCCAUAUUGGACAAACAGCUGACCACUUCCCAGGACGGAUGCGACCCAACACCAGCUGCCCAGUGCCAAUUAAAGUUUGUCCUCGGUCUCCUCCUCUGGAAACCAGAACAAGGACCUCCAGUUCAUGUUCCUCCUACUCUUACGCAGAGGAUGGCAGCGGUGGUUCUCCCUGUAGCCUGCCUCUGUGUGAGUUUUCAUCUUCCCCCUGUUCUCAAGGAGCUCGAUUCCUGGCCACUGAGCAUCAGGAGACGAGCAUGAUGGGAGAUGGAAUAUACAGCCAAGUCAGACCCCAGAUAAAAUGUGAGCCAUCCUAUGGAACAAACUCUAGCGAUGAGUCUGGAUCGUUCUCUGAAGCAGACAGUGAGUCAUGUCCUGUGCAAGACAGAGGACAUGAGGUGAAACUUCCCUUUCCUGUAGAUCAAAUCACAGAUCUUCCAAGGAAUGAUUUCCAGAUGAUGAUAAAGAUGCACAAAUUAACCUCAGAGCAAUUGGAAUUUAUCCAUGAUGUUCGGCGGCGCAGUAAAAACCGAAUUGCUGCCCAGCGCUGUCGCAAGAGAAAACUGGACUGUAUUCAGAAUUUAGAAUGUGAAAUCCGCAAAUUGGUUUGUGAGAAAGAGAAACUUCUCUCAGAAAGGAACCAGCUGAAAGCAUGCAUGGGAGAGUUAUUAGAUAAUUUCUCCUGCCUUUCCCAAGAAGUCUGCCGAGAUAUGCAGAGCUCCGAACAGAUCCAAGACCUUCACCGAUACUGCCCUGUGCUCAGGCCUAUGGAUCUUCCAACAGCAGCUAGUAUCAACCCUUCAUCAGGUGGAGUGGAGCAAAAUGUAGUGACAUCCCAGUGCAUCGGAGAAGGCUUGCAGUGUUGUUCAGAACAAAGCCCAGUGCAGCAGCUGGGAGCCCACUGGCUACCCAACAACAUUUCUGACAAAUGUGCUGCAAGAGGACUGGAUGGAGUUGACCAAGUUACUUAUUCUGAGCAGGAGCUCCCUCCAGAGCAGAACAACCAAGCAGUGACCAUGGAUUUCUGUCAGGAAAUGACUGAUAAGUGUACAACAGAUGAGCAGCCUAGGAAGGAGUACACCUAGUGUUCGGUAUACCUUUUACAUCACACCUAGCAAGGUCUCUUCAGUCAGUCAGUAGCCACGAUCAUUUGUUGUCUAUAUUGAAGAUCAUACUUGGUGCACACUACAGUGGUCUUAGCAGCAAUACUGUUUUUAAGUAUUCCAUCCUCUCUACAAAGCAGGAGUUUAACUUCUUCACUAUGGUGCUAUCCCAUGCUCAGGCAGGGGAACAAAGCAGUGGCAACACUGUCUGAUUCUUUUUUAUUGUUGUUGUUAUUGUUACUGUAUUUUAAUUUCAAUAUUCAACAGGGAUGGACAUAACACCUCUGAGGAUCCAAACGCAGCUUUUUCUCAGUGGCCCAUGUCACAAAACCCUAACUCAGGAAUUUCCUCUGAAUGUUCAAUUUUUCAUUGAAGACAGCUUCUUUACACAUCAAAGUUUUAUAGCUAAACUGUACAUAUAUACAUAUAUAUAUAUAUAUAGUAUAUAUAUAAAAAUAUAUAUCCAUAUGCAAAAAAAAAAAAAACCCUGCAUGGCUCAGAAUUUCCUCAUGAAAACAACUGGAAUUUUAAAUUUCUAUUGUAUAAAAAAUUCCAACAUUCCUUUCUUGGUCUAUGCUAGAAGUAACUUGUAUAUGUUUUAAUAUUUUCCCCCACCACUCAGUUCACUGUUCAGCAAUAUCAUCUAGUUUGUACUUUAUUUAUAAAGUUUCAAUGUUGGAAGCUUCUUUGAAUUUUUAAUCUGGGACAGUGUUGGUGGCACCCCUAACUUUUUCUGCCCGUUUGAGCAAAGUGGGUUUUAUUCUUAUCUUUCUCACAGAUACUGUAUAGCAAUGGUCAAUUUUGCCACUUGCACUGAGUUUUGGAUCAAACCUCAUUUCAUAAAUGAAGUUGUGACUUUGGUAUAUUUCAAAUAUUUUAUUCAUUGCUUUUUCCUUUAAUUCAACAAACUAGGAAAAACAAACCUCAGGAGUUGAUUAUGUAAUGAAUUAUUAGUCUUGCCAAAUAUGAAAUUCCUCUUAAUAGUGUGAAUUGGGCAUUUUUGGUAUUUAUCUUUGUUUAUCCCUUUUUUUUUCUUUUCCAAAUUAAGCCAAAUGGUAUAGUGCAGCGGUUCUCAACGUGUGGUCUGUGGACCUCGGGGGGGGGGGGGGCUAGGUCCUCACAGGGAGUCACGAAGGCUUGAAGAAUGAGUUAAAUCUUAUGAUUGAAAUCAUGAGUUAAGUCUUGGUGGUUUGUGGUCAUAGUCUGUGGCCACAAAAGGUAUUUAAAAGGGGUGUGUGGUAAAGAAAAGGUUGAGUGUACAUUACCAAUGCUGAGAACUAAGGCAGCUUUCUCCAUCUUGGAUAUGGUGACUGGAAAUAGUGAAAGUUGUGCAGUGCAUCCGAAGGAUACCAAGCUGAGGAAAGAUGGUGUAAGGCAAAAUUGCUUCGAUUCAGUGGCUUUAUGUCAAUCAGCAAAGCUUAAAUCAAGGCCUCCACUCCAGAUCUUAACUUGUGUUACUAGUGUUUAUUUUUUUUCCUCCAAUGGUUCUACUGGCUUCGCUGUAUAAUCCCCCUUAAUGCUGCCUUAACACAGAUGCCGAUUGCAGUGAUAUAUUAGGAUUUACUAUUCUGGCCUGUACUGGCAUCAGUUCUAAACUGCUGAUUCAGUUGCUCUGAGAAAUGAAAAACAGCAUCCAUUCACAGAAUGGCAGAGAACAGAGAACCGUAUUUAGAGCAAUCGUGAAUCUUAAAAAGUUGAAAAAUAUCUCCUUGUCAACAAUAGAAUAUUGACCAAUAUAGAAGACAUGAAAUGUGAGUGAAGGAAUAGUUGCUAAAAUAUUGAAACCUCAGUAAUCCUUGACUUACAACUGGUCCUCACAUGACCAUGGCAACAUCUCGAGGAUCACAUAAACCUAAUUUGGGCACAUGGUAACCAGCAUGUAUUAACAGCGGCUGCAGUGACUUGAGGUCACAUGCUUGCCAUUUCCAAUCUUCCCAGGGCACCUUUGACAAGCAAAGUCAAUUGGGGAAGCCAAAUUCACUUUAAUGAUCAUAUAAUGCACUUAACAUCUGAGGUGAUUCACAUAACCAUGCCAAAAAGUCAUAACAUCAGGCGCAACCUGCUUCACAACCAUCUUGUUUAGCAAUGGAAAUUUCGACCCCAAGUGUGGUUAUAAAUUGAGGACUACCUACCUGUAUAAAAACAUUCACUCAACUCUAGCUGAUUUGCAUUGAACAAUGAUUAUGCAAAAUUACUUCCAAACAUAACUACUCCCUCUCAUGAAAACAUUUUUCCUAUUGAAGUAUUGUACAGGUAAUCCUCAACUUACAACGAUUCGUUCAGCAAAUCACCCUCUGAGGCACCCCAUGCUUUGCCUGAUGCCUGCAUGAGAAGAGUGAGGAGAAGAGUGGGUGCCUUGCUUAAUGAUGGCAACAACUUAAUUCUGGGCUCCAAUGUCGUAGGUCGAGAAGUACCUGUAAAUGGAAAUGAUCUGAAAGGAGCAUUGAUGUAAUUUCAAUGCAUGCCAACAAGAUUUAUGCAGGAUAUUUCUUUCUGGUGGAUUCUGUCCUUCUGUUUUUAAAGAUUACUUUUUACUUUCACUAUAACCUUCUCUGCAUUAGAAGGUUAUUGUGAAAUGUUAUGGUAUUAGGCUGUAUUCUAAGGUGGCAUUUAUCAUUUACAGAUUGGUCUUGUUUAUUGUGUAUUAGACCUUAUGGAAUAACCACGCACAGUGUCGAGGCAGACAGCUUUUCUGAAUGCCACGGACAACACUUUCCUCAAAGAUACUGUUUACAUUCAGAGACAGUCCCUCACUCAGCAAAGCAGCAUUGUUUUCCCAGCAGAGGAAUCAGCAUCUUUUUCAAAUGAGGGGUAGGCAGACAAAUAGCUGUUCCUGUUCCUGCGGUAGACUCCACAUUCAUUGUACUCUUCCUGCAGCGUAUUCUACAUUUAUUGACUGAAAAGGGUGAGGGCAUCCCUAUGUAGGAUGGAGAUACUAUAUGUUUAGCAUAUAUUAUUUAAAUAUUAAGCAUUUGUGUAAAACGAAUAAACUUAUUACUAACUGUAGAGUAAUGUUUUAGAUGGGGACUUCCUUUGAAAAUAUAACUUUUCAAAUAAAAUAUUUGGGGUGAGGAAUUAUGUAGAUAUGAAGGGUAGGCGUUGUAAAUCAGUUGACUUUGCAGAACUCUUGACUGCUUCACAGAGAACUUAACUUCAGUGAUUACAGUCAGUGAUGGAAGCUAAGAUUUCAAGCAACAUGUGAAUGUCAUUAUAUUUUUCACAGCCAUUGAGAAUACUUCAUUUUUUAUCCUGUUGGCAGUAUUGUUCAAUACUUUAUUUUUUGUUUUAAUAGCUGUAAGUGGCCUCUAAGUUGUAUUUUUUGUGGGUAUACAAUUCAGGAUGUUCCAGAUGGAGAACUCCUUUUUACUAUCCAUCAUUAUUUGGCUAUUUUUUUAAAACUUUUUCUUUCGAACAAUGAAAGAAAUGAUAGGAAGGGAAAAUAAAGAAGAAAUAGAAAGCAUGAUUGUACAUAGAGAUUCCCUCCCUUCAAAUAAAAUUUCAUAAGCAGGGCUAAGUAGCUACAAAAUAAAAGCUUCGGUUCCACCACCAAACCAUGGACGACAAAAUCGCGCUCGACGAAAGCACGUACGUGAUGUCAUCACAGCGCGAUGAAAACAUCGC